AUGGUAAAAGACAAGGCCUGUUAUGAAUACCUGGAACUUGUUGGAGAAAUAAUCCUCUCGGACUACCGUCUUGUCUAUCAAUUUAUUGAAAAGUGCAAAGCAGAUGUAGAAAAAUAUAGAUGUGGAAGAAUAAACAUAGACUCGGAUAAAACAGAAAGGCUUAAUGUUGCUUCUCAGGGCGCUACUAUAGUUUGUCUCACCCAUCACAUCGAAAAGCUAGACCAAGCAUGUGCUCAUCAAGUAUUUCGUAUAUCAGAACUUCAAUCAGAUGAUUUCCACCUUGACAGACCUCUUUUUUAUGCUUGUCGUGAUGAUAGGGAACGCUUUUGCCGGGAUGUAAUUUCUGGGAACGGUCGUAUAAUCGACUGUUUAAUGCAACAUAAAUUUGACGAAGGAAUGUCGGAGGAUUGUCGAGAAAAAUUAACUAACAGGCAGAAACUUCGCUCUCAAAACUAUAGAACGGAUUUCGCAUUAACCACUGCCUGCAAAACUGAAAUUAUGGAAAACAAUUGUCACACACCUGAAAGUGAAGAUUCCAGCAUGCUCUCCUCUUUAUUGUUGUGCCUCGUAGACGGUCAACACAAAAAAGGCAGCAAAUUUUCGUCCUCGUGUUUACUCCAAAUGAAAGCUGUUCGUAAACAGCUUAUGGAAGACUAUAGUCUGACGCCCGAGAUCCUUCUACAUUGUCAGAAACCGAUAAAUAGUUUCUGCGCCACUUACAAGAAAAACCGUCAGGGCGACGUCUUACACUGCCUUCUAGGCAUUCAGAGAAGUCCCUCCAAAAGUCUCAAAUCAGCCCUACCAAAAGAGUGUCAAACUGCACUCCAUGACCUCGUUAAGAUCACUGAUGUUGUUGAGGACGUUCGUGUAGAUCCAGUCAUUCGUCGGUCUUGUGGCUCCCUCUUAACAACACGCUGCAGCACAUCUGUUAUCUCGGAGAGGGACGUGUACGAAUGCCUGCUAAAUAAUCGUGAUGAGACGGAAAUGAACGAUGACUGCCGUCAGCAUCUAUUCGAGCUUGAAUUUUUUGUGUCUCGUGAUAUUACAUUGGAUCGUUCACUAUACGAUGCCUGCUCAGGUGAUGCCGAGAAGUUGUGUCACUUGUCAACUGGAAGUUGGAAACAGCAUCGGAUGGUAGACCCACUGCUUGUUAACUGCUUGUGGAGUCACCGCCACCCACCACGAAGCGGCGGCAAAGCUGUGGGCACCCUGAGUGGUCCGUGUCUGCGUGAAAUAACAAACCUUAUGCUUGUUCGCGCCUCCAGUAUUGAUCUUAACCCUGAGGUGUUUCAGUCAUGUCUUGCUGACCUGGGUAGAUUCUGCUCUCCCAGAAGACCGUCCGUUGAUGAGGAGGAUGAAGAUGAAGACGACGAAAUGGAGCAAGGAAUGAGCUGUCUCGAGGAUUAUAUGGAUCAACUCCAGCCGGUUUGCCGCGAGGCGCUAGUGCGCUACACUCAGGAUGUGGAGGAGAAACCGGACUUGGACAGACGCAUUGCCAGGAGUUGCUUAGCCGCCGAGAGGCGCUUCUGCGAGGGCGUCCCACAUAGUGUCCAGCGUGUCAUCAGUGAAUCGGCCACGGCUGACGAAGAAUUGACACUCCACGAUCUCAUGUUCGAGUGCCUUGUGGAGCACAAAAACCACGCCGACAUGGAGUUGGAGUGCAAAGCCGCGAUUGAGCACUUUCAGAUUCUAAGUCUGAAGGACGUGCGGAUUUCGCGGAGCUUCCACGAGGACUGCCACGACUCCAUUGUGCGUUUUUGCCCCGCUGUCACGGCCGAAGGGGCUCCGCCUGCAGUGAUGACCAAGAUGGCCGCGGUCAUGUGUCUCAGUAGGAGUCUGCUGGAGCAGAAACUUCUGGCGCUGCCCAACGAGACACACAGCAUACCGGAGGCGUGCGCGCGCCACAUUCGUUUUGAGCUUCUCUCCCGGUCGGAGUCGCUGGUGCUCGAUCUUACCCUGGCCGUGGCAUGUGAGGCCGACCGAAAGCUCUACUGCUCCCAUGCUCCCAAAGGACUUGGCGAGGUGAGGCCCCUUGGAUGUUGCUCUUUGGUUCCCACUAAACAGUCUUUUGUGUCCCGCCCAUUUCAGUUUGCUGGCAUAAAUUCUGCCUGUAAUCUCACCAGACGCAUCUGUAAGUCGCACAUUUGUCUUGGAUUUCUGGCCAUUAUAUCCGAUUGUACCAACGUCUCGCUGAUAAAAAGACAGCACCAGACUCAGGCCUUAGAAUGCCUCCGGGAUCAUCGAAGUCGACUUUCCCCAGAGUGUCAUCGAGAGGUCUUCAGCCGGGACCAGCUGGCGAUGGCGGAGAGCCGUUCGGACUUCAAACUGAUGACUACCUGCGCAGAAAUGAUCCACAGUCAUUGCGAGAACUUUAAACACAAUUUCCUCCUGCUGGAAUGCUUAAAGAAGACCUCGGAUGGCCUUGGUGACCUAUUCGAUGCCGACUGCCGGCAUUUAGUCAUUGAAAGGCUUCAGACACAACGACUGGAUCAUCGCCUCAGCCCGAGGUUAAAUUCAAACUGUCGCAUAGACAUACGGAUGUUUUGUGCUGAAGAACUCCGAGCUGAUAAUGCAAAGCCAUUUGAAAACGGCAAUGCAGUGGCCCGGUGUCUUCAGCGCCAAUACGCCGUCCGUCCUAGCAAUGAGGGCAAAUCACUUCUCUCGCCGUCCUGUGCAAAGUACAUGCGUGAGGUAAGUGCGUCUUACUUUAAACUGGACGCCACCGCAGCUUUUAGCACCCCUUUUUUCGCGACAUCGAUUCCUCUGCUUACGCACUUCCCACCUUUUGUAAAGCUCUUGAUAUCGGCCAAUCUGAAUCACCACAUGGACCCUUUGCUGGCCGAGGUUUGCCACGGUGACCUUUCUGAGCACUGCUCAGAGGACCUGGCUCUGUCCGCGGUGGACGGCGAGAAGUCCCAAGGCACGGUGAUUGAGUGUCUCCGUCGUCAAGUGGCUCAGAACAAGGUGAAAAACGACUCCUGUGUUGUUGAGGUGCUGCGUCUUGCCUUGGCUAGCAAAGCCGACAUCGAUGUGGACCCAGUUCUGGCGCGGGACUGUGCUGCCAGCCUCGAGGCAAUUUGCGGCUCGACCGCCCAAGGCAGUGGACGCCAAAUGAAGUGCCUCCUGAAGGCGUUGGAUGCGAAGAAUCCCGCCAUGGAAGAGGCUUGCAGACGAAGUCUCGAAGUUCGCCGCGAACUCUGGGAGAUGUCUGCUAAGCGACCCGACUUGCUCGAUUGGCGAACGCUAGUGAAGGAGAUCAACGCCAGCCAGUCGCGGAACCUAAUCAUCGGGAUUCUCCUCACGAUCGUUGGAGCCGUUUUUGUGGUCGGCCUGUGCUGUGGUCGACGCACAAGAUGCGUCGCCAGGAGCACUAAAAACAGAUAA